AUGCUCUCACGUGUUGCUGCAGUCAUGGCGCCCCGCACACACAACCGUCGCCGCAUGACCGGAUCCGGCGGAAAGAGGAGGGAAGGAGGAGAGGGUGAGCCGCCGAGGCCCAACAUGUCCCGGCGUGUGUUUGAUUCUGCGGUGCUGCUCCUCCUCGUCUUGAUGAUGUGCUGCGGCACUGGUGAAGCUGCUGCCGCCGGGGGCGGUAAGUCAAUUAUUGCCAUUAAUCCAUUUACAGGGACGAAAAGGAUAGAUGCCACUUGGCAGGACGUUGGGAUCAAUACCGAAAGUGCUUCGCUCCGCGUCCCCAGCCUUGUUGAGGUGCAGGGUCAUUUAUUUGCUAUUGCUGAAGCCCAUUGCAAGGAUGGAGACAAGUGCAGCGACGUCAGCUUUACUGGGAUUGCGUCAAAGUACCUUGGUUUAAAUGUUGAUGCUGGUCCAACGGAGAUCUCGACGGCAGAUGCAAGUAUCUUUGGCGCAGAUCUUCUAAAGGAAGGGUCUGAGGGUAUCAACACCUCAAACGGCAUAAAGCGACCAACGACACUUGUACUUGGGGAAAGCGUUUACGUGCUCCUGGGAAACUACAGCCAUACAAGGCCGCAGGUUGAAGGUAAGAAUGAGCGGGGCCUUUUACUCGUGAAGGAACUGUCGCUGAUGAGGGUGGAAAGAAGAAAUCAGAUGGAAUGA